AUGGAUCGUCCCAACAAACCCUCCGCGAUCUCGCCGUCUACGACUGGCCCUCAGCCAUCUGUGCACGUCGAACAGGGCCGAGUGGUUGCCACACUUCCCACCGGUGACUCCGUCGAAGUUCUUCUCUAUGGUGCAACGGUCUAUAGCUGGAAGAGUGCGGGCAAAGAGAGAUUGUGGCUCAGCAGUGCCGCGAAGCUGGACGGAAGCAAACCAGUGCGAGGCGGCAUUCCAGUCGUGUUCCCAGCAUUCGGACCACCUCCCAAAGACCACGCUACUGGCGGUCUUCCACAGCACGGUUUCGCGCGGAACUGCCAAUGGGAAUACCUAGGCAAAUCGUCCUCUGAGUCGGGCUCGUUGUCCAAAGGCGGUGAUGACAGCGUCAAGUUGGACUUUGGACUUUCAUCGAGCAACCUGAGUUCCGAGGCGAAGAAGGCGUGGCCGUAUGAGUUUGGACUGGUGUAUAGUGUGACGCUGAGCAAGGACGGUAGACUUCAGACCAUGCUCAGUGUGAGGAAUGAUGGCAAGGAGAGCUUUGAGUUUCAGAUGCUGUUCCACACCUACUUUGCCAUUGAGGAUAUUUCGAAGACACAGGUCACUGGCCUGGGAAGCACGACAUAUGUCGACAAAAUGCUCAACGCUACAGAGCACCAGCAGACUACCCCUAACGUCACAUUCUCCGGCGAGGUCGAUCGUGUGUACAAGGACAUCAAGCAGGAUACCACUUCGAUUGUGGUUGAUGGAAAGCCUACGCUCGACGUGAUUAGAGACAACCUGGCAGACACUGUGGUGUGGAACCCCUGGAUUGAGAAGUCGAAGGGCAUGAGUGAUUUUGAGCCCAAGGACGGCUACAAGAAGAUGGUGUGUGUCGAAGUGGGUGCUGUCGAUGGUUGGCAGAAGCUAGACAGUGGCGACACCUUCGAGGCUGGUCAGUUGUUGAGGGCAUAUUGA